AUGGAAGUCGAUGCCGCGAAACCUUCGGCGUCUGUUCCGCAACGCAAUUGGGAGCUAUCAAAUCAAAUCGAAAAUGUCGACUCGAUUUUCGAAUAUAAUGCAAAUAUGCAAACCGAGAUGAGAAAUGCGAAACCUUGGGAUAAAGAUCCACAUUAUUUCAAGCAAAUUAAGAUUUCGGCGAUUGCUUUAUUGAAAAUGACAAUGCAUGCAAAACGUGGUGGAAAUUUGGAAAUUAUGGGAUUGUUGCAAGGAAGAAUUGAUGCGAAUUCAUUUAUUAUUUUGGAUGCUUUUGCGUUGCCAGUUGAAGGAACUGAAACAAGAGUAAAUGCACAAGCACAAGCUUAUGAGUAUAUGUCAGUUUAUACUGAUUUAUGCGACACUGAAGGAAGAAAGGAAAAGGUUGGGUUUUUGAAAAAUCGAUUGUUAUUAGCAUGAUUGUGAAAAAUAAAAACUUUGUGUGAACUCAUCUUUGUUUCAGGUUGUUGGUUGGUAUCAUUCUCAUCCUGGAUAUGGCUGCUGGCUUUCUGGAAUCGAUGUUUCGACUCAAACUCUCAAUCAAAAAUUCCAAGAGCCUUGGGUUGCCAUAGUUAUCGAUCCACUUCGAACAAUGUCGGCUGGAAAAGUUGAUAUCGGUGCUUUCCGAACUUAUCCUGAAGGAUAUCGUCCACCAGAUGAUGUUCCAUCAGAAUAUCAAUCGAUUCCAAUGAAUAAAAUUGAAGAUUUCGGUGUGCAUUGUAAACGAUAUUAUCCACUUGAUGUCAGCUUUUUCAAGUCACAAUUGGGUCAGUUUUUCAAAUUACCCCUAAAGUUGAGAAGUUUAACAAAUUUGUGAGGUUUUUCGAUUUUCAAAAUUUUAGCGAAAUGUCUAUUUAUUCCCAAAAAAAUCAAUUAUUUUUGCAGAUGCCCAUAUUCUUUCGGCUCUUUGGAACAGUUAUUGGAUUUCAACUUUGAGUAGUUCACCACUUUUUUCAAAUGUUGAGUUUAUCAAUAAUCAAAUGCAUGAUAUUGGACAAAAAUUGGGAGCGGUAAGAUUUCUGGAAAAAAAAGAGAGUGAGAUAAAUAUUGAUAAUUUUCAGCUCAACACGAAAUUCCAGUUGAAUGAUAAAAGCACAGAAGCAUUGGAUGCAAUGGAUAAGGUAUGUUUUUGAGUAAAUUUGAAACAAAUACGAACUGUAGACAUAUUAUUUGAAAAACUAUGAACUUCAAAAAAUUGAACAUUUCGUAAUAUUUUCCAAUUAUAGUUUCGAUGUCGACGUGAAAAGUUAGAAAAUUUUAUCUAAAAAUUGUUCAUAUUUUUAACAUGUACUGAAAAUUCUCAUUUUCAUAAUGAGUUUGAUUUUUUUCAACAAUUGAAAACUGAAACACCAGACUCGACCAGACUCAAUUUUUAUUCAGAUUGUCACGGAUGCCAAAGCCAUUGGCGAUGAGCUCGAAUCUGGUCGUAUUUCUCAUUUCGUCAAAAAAUCCCUCUUCAAUCGUAAACCUUGCUGUUGUGCUCCACCGCCGCAAAUCGACGAAGAAAUGCAACCAUAA